UUGAAAGGACCAAUGAAGUGUAGCUACUUGAUCCAGGCUUGAUUCCAUCAGCGUAUUCAAAGCCGGGUAACAAAGUAAUGAGUAAGGGAGAGAAUUCGUUCCAAUAAUAGAUGGCGUCUUCUGUUUACGGAAGUGGACUAUACAGGUUGAAAUGUGAAGUUUUCAAAACCAAUACUAUGUGGUCUGUAAUUCUCAUUGUCAUGUGGUUCAUCAGCACAGUCACAGCUGAUGAGUUCAAUGCGGAUAUGGAGAAUACAGGGGUGUGUACACGAGGCACACCAGUGGUUGUAAGAAAACAGGAUGUAUACAACAUCUAUGCCGAACCUCGUCAGGAUAUCCCAGGUACAAGAGAUAGGUGUACAGUGCGGUUCAAAAGUGAGCAAGGACAGAGGUUCAAGUUGUGCAUAAGAGAUCUUAAGUUCCGAGAAUGCCAAGUUUAUAUUAAGAUGUAUGACGGGCUCCCAGAAGCGGAUGUGCUUAACACUGCAAGGUAUAGUUUUGGCUGUAACUCUGGAACUGGAAAUACCUACAACUCAUACACAGGGGAUAUAGCUAUAAGUCUUGAAAAACCCGACUCUGGCAGCACAGGGUAUAAGUUUUAUCUUCGACUGGUAACAGAAGAUGGACCAAAUGUUUGCGGGGAUUACGUGCCACAGGAGGAAACAGAAUCGAUGAGUGUAGGCGUAAUUGCAGGCAUUGUUGUGGCCAUUGUUCUAGUAAUUGUAGUCAUCAUAGCGGUUGUUGUGUACUUGAUUUUUGCCUACAGAAGGAGACAGGAGGAGAAAGAAUCCCUCGCACAUUCCACGCUUCUUCAUUCUUCUGGUGCUGUACAUGGAGGCAGUUCGGCUCACAGUAGUGUCCACGGAAGUGUACACAGCAGUGUACAUAGUAGUGUACAUAGUAGUAAACACAGCAUGUACCCUGCCUUCAGAACAACAAUCUCCGAGAAGAAUGGAAAGUGCAACUCUAUAGAUACACGGAGUUAUGACAGUGAUCAAGUCGAUCAAGUAAAAACCAGCGAACCAAAAUUGAAAUCUGCUAUAAAAAAUGUAUCGCAUGAGUUUGACUCGAUGAGAAGAGGGUUGCAUAGGGACAAUGUCCGUAAGGCUAGGGAAGAGGAAGAGUAUCGGUAUGAGGAGGCUCGUCGGCAAGAACAUCAAAGAGCAGAUAGGCAAGGAAGAGCUGAGACUAACAGAGGGCUGGGUAGAUCUAAUAGGGCUCGCAAAUCAGAUAUGUUAUUGACUGAUGAAAAUAUCAAACAAUCUCUAAGGCAAGCUAGAGAUAAAGGCAGAUCGUUUGAUGAUAGGGGUUCACACAAGGGCUCUACAAGGAGCUCUAAAACAAGAAAUAAAUCCCCGUCAAGAAGUGUAGAAAACUAUAGAUAUAAUCGUGCCGAUUCUGACUAUAACUAUUCUGAUUAUAAUAGUGAUCACCAUAGAGAAAGAGGAAGAAAUAGAUCUCGAAGUGUAGGUUCACGACCGUCUCAGAGGUCAUCGUCAACGGGGACACAUUCCCGGAGAAAACGAGAUUACUAUAAAGACAGUGACGAUUAUAGUGAUAAUGAUGAUAGACGAAGAAGGCAUGGCCAUGACAGUCGGGAGAGAUAUAGUGAAGAUGAAUAUCGCAGCAGACGGGAUAGUUCAAGUCAUAGAACUGGUACACAAAGGUCAAGGACAAGUAGUACCGGAAGGAGGAACAGAUAGUGCUAGUUUAAACAUUUCAAGGAAAUUUAUUUUUACAAAAUAAAAUUCAGGGCAUAUUAUGAGCAACUAAGCUGUAAAAGGUCUCAAAGAUCUACAUUUAACAGGGUUUUACCUCUUUGCAAAAAGAACUGUUUAAAAUAAAACUAUUUAAAAUUAUGGAAAUUUCUACAUAAUUAUUGAGUACAGUAUAACAUAUCAUAUUGUUAACUUAAUUUGUUCAUGAAAUGUUAUAAGAUUCUUUUUAUUUGAAUUAGUUCUGAUCUACUUCAUAGUUCUAAAUAUACAUACAAUAUAUAUUAAAGUGAAUUGGUCUGUUAUGAAAAGUCUGCUGUACAAUAAAUACUGUAAUAACGUAUGGUACAAUGUAUUUAGUAUCAGAGAUAACAAUUACAAACAUGAAAAAGUUAUAUAUGGAUGUUGCUUGAAAGUAUGAGAUACAUGUUCCAAUAUUACAUAAUUAUAUAGCUGAUAAUAAAUUGUUCUAAAACAAAAUAUUAUUAGCCAUUAUAUAAAUGCUAAAUACUAAAUCACUUAGAACUUUAUCAACAUUUUUUUUCAAGCAAUAUUACUUCAGAACAUCCAAACGAUACAUUUCUAUUGUUUUUAUCAAUAUUUAUCAAUCCUAUGGAAACUGUUCCUAUCAUAGACCAAUCCACUUUAAACAAGGAAUUUCUAUAAUUCAGUUUUGUCAUGGAAGAUGUGCAAUUUUUCUGCAACAAAUUUUGCCCAGAUGUUCAUUGUUUCUGCAAUAAAUUUUCACCCAAAGCAACUGCAAUAUGAUUUAAUUUAUAUAAUUGAAGUUAAACAUCUUAUAUCAUAAGUUGUCACAAAACUGUAAAAUGAAAUGUUAGAAAAUGAAACAAAAAUGAGGGAGCUUGAUAUUAUUUAUGCCAUUACUAUAGAAUAUUUAGAAUAAAUUAUUGCCAAAUUAUCCCUUCUGCAUGACUCUUCAGAAUGGACUUGUCCAACUUUUUUUUUCAGAUGGUCCAGGGAUAUGGAUGAAAAUAUAGAAGUUCAGAAUCUGGUCAGAAUUUAUUAAGACAUGCAUACUGGCUAGGCUCCAAACUGGCGGCAGAGGCUUUACAGUUUUCAGAUUUUACCCUAAGCAUGCUACUCGCAAAUGUUUCUUAUGAUCUUAUCAUGGUCUGUACUUUUGGCUAUUCAACCGGUUCAUAUUUUGAAAAUUUCCCUAAAAAUGAUGAUUUGUUUAUUCCGUAUUGAAAGAUGGACAAGUCCAUUUUAAGAUAUUUAGCAUGAUAAGGGUUUAUAUAUUAUAAUGCUAAGUGUAUGCCAAAUAAUUCCUGCCAGUAAAUCAAAAUUAAAAAGAAUUCAUGUACCAGUAUAGUUGAUUAUUUUAGCAUUAUUUCAUUAUUUUUGCAUUUAAGUCUUGAUGUUAUCGUCUGAUCAUAAAUAUGAUUUUCAUCUUGACUUUAUUAUAAAUUUACUUUAAACAGUCUCAAAUACUUUUGAUUUAUAAUAUCAGAAAUUUUCAUUUUCAAGUACAUUAUAUUAUCUCUGCCUUCACAAUAUAUGAUGGUAUUAAUUUAAAGCUUUACAUAUCGUCUACACUACAGGGUCAAAGUUAAAUCUACAGUCCUCCAGAUGAGUCAAAAUAUCUCAAUAAAAUCAAACUUGAGAAAAAUGUACUAAGGUGUUAGGAAAAGUAAACAGUUUCAAGAUUCAAGUAUAGUUUACAUAUAAUGUGCGAUUAAUGACUGAUUUUUCAAUAUUUACAACUAUAUUUCUACUGCGUUACUUAACGCAGUAAAGGCUAUUUAUGCAUAUUUUGACCACUUUUUGGUAAUUUACUCGGUUUGUAAGUGUCAUUAAUAAUGUGUAAAUCGCUUCCUUUUGGUUACUUCACAAUAUUACACAUUUAAAUACGUUUUCAAAAUUUUCAUGAAAAUUAGCAUAAUUUUGGAGGCGUGCUGCUUUAAAGGUCACUGCAUAACUACAGCCCAUAAAUCUGAGAUACAGAAAUUUCACGCUAAGUUCAAGGUCAUAACUAUUGGUUACAGAUCAAGUUCCACAACUCUUGCAUGACAUGAAUUUUAUCUCCACAGAAAUUACACACACCUUUUUGAGGUUGUUAUUGUAGGUCACUGACCAAGACCCAUAAGGUCAUCCACAAGACCCAUAACUCAAGCAUGGAAUUUUAUUUUUGUGAACUAAGGAACUUCCUGCAUGCCUCUUGUUUUACCUAAACUACUUGAACCUAAAAAUUGCUGAGCAAUGUGGCUAUUUUGGUAUAUACUAUGACUGUGUUCUUUACUAUUGUUUUAGUACAUUCCAUUUUGUGAUUAUUAUCAUUAUAUGAUUUGGUUUUUGGUUGUUAUUUUAUUUUAUGUAUACAUUAUUUUUUAUUACUGAUCAGAUCAAUUUUAGUAUACAUAUAGUAUACAUUUUUUGUUUUAUUUUGUAAGGUAUUGAAAUGCUAAUUUUAUAUAAUUAAAGUAUGAAAUAUA